AAUAAUUGAAUGUUGAAACAGCACGGAGAGGAGAGGAGAGGACCGCAAGGUAAAGUUGCGUUGCCCUGAAACCCCCAAUUUAUUUCGAUUAGUUUGUCUUCAACGGCGGAUAAAGCUUCAGCUCUAGAUCAAGUCCUUCACUCCAUCGAAUCAAUGAAUGAAAAUUCGAGUCAGGGCAACGCUCAUGCUGAUUCUAGCGACAACAGCUUGCAAAUCACAUGCUUCUCAGACUUCGUCGAUGACGUCACUCUCCAUUUUCAGAUAAUCCGUUUUCCUAACCAGAUAUAUGCUUGGAUUGGUUGUAACUCUGCUAAAUUUGGACGCUUAUAUGCAGCUGCCCCUACUCCACCUAACAAUACAGUGAGUGUUAGUUCAAUACUAGGAGGAGUUUCUGACAAUACAGGAUCAGGCAUUGCUCGAAGAUUAGUGUUAAAGACUGGUCUCAAUGUGAUUUUGGCUUGCAAUAUACCUAAGAAUAGUCCUAUGCUUGAGGUAAAUGCGGAGAAGAAGUUGGUGGGGAAGCUGAUAAGUUUGGGGUAUACAAGGCCAAAAUAUUCAUAGUAAAGAGAGGGAUUUUUCUUUUUGGUGGUUGAAGUGCCAUUAUGGUGUAUGCUCCUGUUGGAACCUAGGAUUUAUUUAAGGGGAAUCAGUACCCACAUACUGAUCUACUGAUAGUAAUUUGUUUUGUUUUCUUCAAUAGUUUAUAUUCAGUGAUUUGGAGGUGUUAUAAUUGAGUUGUCAUUAGCUCUAGCUUAUUCCUUUAGUAGGAGCACUGUCUUGUUACUCAAGAAAGGUUGCUGUUAUGAAGAAAAUUUUAAGUU